CCUAAAUCAGAGAUGAACGGGACUAAAGGUCAAAAGUUGAAAAAAAGAGUGUCUAAUAAACUUCAGGCGGGUGAUCACUACUUCGGAGGGUUCGAUGUUCUUAGCAGUCCCGCUUUCAAGGAGGCAGAAAAUCAGCCAAGAAACAAGACUUGUGGUAAAUGCACAACAGGUGUUAAGAACCGUUUGAAGGAGGCUAGAAGUGGUCUAUCCACAUCUAGGAAGCUUCUGAAGAUUUUAAACCAAAUGUGCCUCCAAGAGCCGCAUUCGUCAAGCAUACCCGUCAUCUUGGCCCUGGGAAGUGAACUUGAUCGGGCUUACAACCAGAUUGAUCAACUGAUUCGAGACCAGAGCUCAAAUCAGAAUGAUAUUGAGUUCCUCAUGAAGCGUUUUGGCGGAAGAAAGGGCUGCUUGGAAAAGAAGGGAACGUGA